UACAUUCCGCUUUUCUUCUGAAACCCUAAUUGUUGGGAUCUUCAGUUGUCCUAUUACGAAAACGUGUAGCGAUUCUGGUGACGCUUUCGUACCAUUUUAGGUCUAUCUGCAUCUGCGAAGAAUUUGCGAGAACCAUGUCCCGGUGCUUUCCGUAUUUGCGCCCGAUUUAUAAGAGGGAGGAUGCCUCUCUGAUCGGAUCAAUCAAGAGGCUCCAGCUUCAAUGGGGAAACACAAAGCAGAGGAAACAAGCGAGCAGGAAGGUGACUGAAAAGCAGAACAAAAAGAGAUCCAGAGAAGAGCAUGAUAAUCUGGAUUCCUUGCAGCAUAAAAACAAGAAAAGAAUGACUGACAACAAUAUCGAAUUCAAUGAAAGCUGCUGUUAUGCUAGCAAAGAAUAUACUGACCAUUUGGAAAGGAGUGACCUUUCUGAGGAGCAUUAUCCCCCAGCUUUAGUAGUGAACAAAUGCAACUCCUCGAGCAUUCAAAACAAUAACAAGAAUAAUGCAGUUCAGGACUCCGGAUCCGAUAAGCAAAGACCAGGUUUUGUUAUCCGAAUCAAGUUGCCUUUAAAGAAGCACCUGGAGGUGCAGCCACAUCUCAAGGAGUUGCAGCCAGAAUUGGCAAAAACAGAUCCCGGCUGCUCUUUUAAAUUGACCAAAUCGUCGAAACCACCAGCACUCCUAAAUGAUUCUGCUUCUUCUUAUUCUCAAGCCAACAAAACAUGUAAGCCUCAAUCACUUCUAACCGAACCUGCUCCACGCAGAUCUUCUGAUGUCAACAAGCUAUCCGAAGUCCAAAUAUUCUCAACUGAACCUUCUCCUUGCUGCUCCACACAAACCACCAAAACCACAUUUUUAACUGAGUCCACUUCUGUCUACUGUUCUCAAAUACCCAAUUCAUACAAUAGUAAAUCAAUUUUAACUGAAUCUGCUCUGAGAACAGAAGAGGUACCUUCAGCAAAGCAACCGUUCUCUGCAAGAGCGGAACCUAACUUCCCUAGUCCUGUUGCCAAGGUGCCCAUCUAUCAAGAAAGCAUUGUUGAGGCUAACCACAGGAAGUCCAGCCACAGGAGAAGCAAUGGCCGGAGCUUCUCACGGAGGUCAGAAAGACAGUUGUUCAGAGAUUUGAUAAUAAACUGGAAGCCUCCAUCCAUAGAGCCAAUUGCGUCAGAUGAAGGUGAGCUGGACUGGUUAUUUGCUUCAAAGAAGCCACAGGGUGCAAAACCUAAUGCGCAGAUCUUCGAAGCUGGAGUUUCUCAUCACGGCACUCAUCUGAGCUCAUCAGCAAGUUCUUUGCAACCACGAGCUACCUAUCUACCGGAAUUUGGCAUGUACCAGCUGCCAUAUGUGAUCCCAUUUUGAAGUUUGUGCGUAGAUGAUUGUUGGAAAUUUGAGCUGGUUUGUACACAGUUGAUUCUCUUUCUAUACCAUGUUUCAUUUCUACCAAUGAGUAUUUGCUCAUAUGGUACAUAGUUUCCAUCUCUCAAUUGUGAGAUGAUAGGAUUCAACUUCCACUUAUAAUAAGAUGGAAAAUCCCUGGAAGGGUGAUUGAAUGUGGUGGUUGUGUUGGAAGGAAAAGAAUUAAAUUGCAUUAUAUAGA